AUGACAUUCCUGGAAUCGGAGCAUGAUCACGUGAAGUACAGCAUCAAGGAACUUGUGGAACUUCUGUUUCACAGCAACGUCCACCCCAAUAUUGCUACUCAAAAGAGUAACAAGGAGAGCGAAUGGCGUGGUUUGUGGCGGGCCAAGUUGAGAGAACAUCAAGCUCGUAGACUACAAAAUAGUCAAGAUAAUGUACUCGAUGUUGACGAGGCUGAGUCAUUUCCGUCUGAGUCCAUACCAUCAAGCACAAACCACGGCGACCAUGAGAUGGCACCCAAUCCCGCUAUUACACGAUACCCCACUCUCCCGCUGGAAAACCCACCAGUGCCCGCAAACACCCCAGCCCGAACGGGCAUUCAUGCAUACCUUAACCCCGCUUCCACUUUCGAUAUCGUCGAAGAUGUCAGGAACCAGGUUGCAGAGAUCUCUACGACUCAAAACAGUCUUGAGAAUGACGCGCAGCUAGCGCCAAACCAACCGCUCGAGAACAUGGCACUCGGCGUCUUUUUCAGCCCCAAUCAAUUCAAAGCUCUUAAGACGGUUCUGCAAUUUGGUCUGCAAUUAUGUGCCCUGUUGCAAGUACAGUUUGGAACAAUGAUCUCUGUGGAUGGCGCCGGUAAUAAACGGAAAGAGUCAUUCCUGCGUUUCAAGCUCAUCUGUGGUGUGAAGUUUGACCCGUCAAAUAUUUGUAUCUCACCCAGAGUUAUGAUCAUAUUGGCGAUCGCAUUGGGUCAGCUCAUGUAUAUACUGCUUGGUCCACGGUUGAGUUUGGUGCUCUUUCUUAUUGUCACAUUGGUCGGAUCGUGCAGGACGGGCAAGAAAGAGAAGAUUGUCAUUUGA